ACACAAACAGAGAACGACAGUAUGGUAGGCAUGUCUGAAAACAAAUCCAUUGAACUCCAACUGCAAAUGCGACAAAAUGCAGAGGACCUGCAUAACUUCAUGAAAGAUCUUGACAGCUGGGAAACCGACAUAAAGAAGAAGGAUGAGCAACUAAGAACUGGGAGCAUUGGCGAGUCUCAAAAAAUCCUCCCACCAGUGCGAAACAAGGACUUCAAAAAGAAGAAGGAGAAGAAGAAGGCAUCAGACAACAAUGCAAAGACUGAACCAAAACAAGCACCCAGGAUAAAGUCUUAUGACUAUCAGUCAUGGGACAAAUUUGAUGUGGACAAGGUUUUGGAGUCCAUGGAUAAAGAGGACAGCGCUGCUGAGUCCAAUGACUCUGAAUCUGAGGAUUCUGGGGUUCCUGCUACUGACCAAGACAAAGCUCUUGCUGAGAAGGAGAAAGGUAAUCAGCUGUUUAAAGAAGGGAAGUAUGAUGAUGCCAUUGAGUGUUACACCAGAGGCAUGGGCGCAGACCCUUAUAACCCCAUUCUGCCUACAAACCGAGCUACCUGCUUUUUAAGACUCAAAAAGUUUGCUGUUGCCGAGUCUGACUGCAACUUGUCCAUCGCUCUGGACAGUAACUACUUCAAAGCAUUUGCACGAAGAGGAGCGGCUCGAUUCGCCCUCCAAAAUUAUGAAUCUGCCCUAGAAGAUUAUGUAAUGGUUCUCAAGCUAGAUCCUGGGAACCUGGAGGCACAGAAUGAAGUGAUGAAAUGUAAAGAGGUCAUUGCUAAACUGGGUGGGAAGGCAGAAAGCCCAGAGGCUGCAGUGGUGGUGCCACCUGUUGUGGACGUCAAGCAACAGCAGCUCAUGGAGGAACAGCAUAGAAGACAAGAGGCGGUGGUGCAGAAAGACAGGGGGAACGCAUACUUCAAAGAGGGGAAGUAUGAGACAGCAGUAGAGUACUACACCAAGGGCAUGGAAGCGGACAGCACCAACGUCCUCCUGCCUGCCAACCGGGCCAUGGCUUACUUAAAGCUGCAGAGAUAUGUAGAGGCUGAGGAGGACUGCAGUAAAGCCAUAGCCCUGGAUGGCACCUACUCAAAGGCCUUUGCCCGCAGAGGGACAGCCAGGGCUGCUCUGGGACUGCUCAAACAAGCUAAAGAAGAUUUUGAAGAGGUCCUGAAGCAGGAACCGGGAAACAAGCAGGCAUUUCAUGAGAUGAAGAAGAUCGCCAUUGACAUGGGCACCAGUGGUCUGCUGGCAACAGAGGAGCACGCACAGCGGAGAACAGUACAGCCAAUUAACAAACCACCUCACCUGCAGUCAACCAAGCCGUUGAGGAGAGUGGACAUUGAGGAGGUUGGUGGAAAGAUCCUGGUCCAGGAGGAGCCCUCGGCUGUGUUGACCUCAACCACAGCCCCCCGUGUUAGGCCCCAGAAGACCACCUCCAUCGCAGACACUGUGAGAGAGGGUCAGGGUGAGGCCUCACCUCCCUCUACCUCCCCCAGCGCUAAGAUCCUGAAGAUUGAAGAGAUAUCAAACGUCUCCUCACAUUCCCCUGUCAAAGGGCUUGAGGGGGAUACUGUGAGAGCACAGACACAGAAGCACAGGGAGGCAACCGUCAGUGAACCAACAGAACCGCCUGCUACACCCUCCUCCUCGACAGAGGUCGUACCUCCUGCCCCCGCCAACAGCUUCCAGCUAGAGGCAGACCUCAGGAAGAUUGGAAAUGGCCCUGAAGUCAUCUACAAGUAUUUGAAGCAAAUCGAACCUCAGGCGUACGCCAAGAUCUUCCAGAGCUCUCUUGAACCAGACAUGCUCAAUCAGAUUCUAAGGACGUUACAAAGCUUCUACAUCAAGAACGAAGAGCCACCUGUCAUACUGGAGAUCCUCAGGAGUCUGGCCGGUGUGAGGCGAUUCGACAUGGCUGUCAUGUUCAUGUCCAGCCCUGAGAAGAAAGUUCUACAAGAACUGUUUGACUUUCUUCUUCAAGCUGGACUUGAGGACACUUCAGUUGGAGCCCUGCGAAAGAAGUAUGGAGUGUGACAUCAGGACCUGUGGAGGAACCUGCUCCUUCAGCUGGAGGUUGAGCUCUGGGCCCUGGGUGGUGAGCCCUCCUCUGGUCCAGGUGAAGGUGCAGGCUUGGAAGCAAUUGGCUGAGUACUGGAAGCCAUAGGGAACCUCCACCGUCACUGUGUUCACCCCACUGAUCUCCACAGAGGACGGCCCAUCUGACAGAAUGGAAAACAAGCCACUGAGUCAUACACAUAAUGUGAAAAAAUGAGGAUGAAGUGGAUUUUUUAAAUAUUUUUUCUUGUUCACUAUAAUGUUAGCAUUUGGAUAAACAAUGGGUGAUUAAUGCAUUUCGUUAUUUGGCAUACAUUUAUACCUCAGAAAAGUGGCUGACAAUCUUAUCAGGAACCAAUUCAAAAACAAAAUGAUUAUGUUACUAGUGUUUGGACCUUUAUGUGGGUUAUCAGCUUCACGUCAUUGUGUUCUGGUUAGGGUGUGUGUGCUAGUUUCUUGUGUUCGCAGGCGUUUACUGCGGCUGAGCCUUUUGAUACUGCCAAGUGACAUGUCUCUGAGCUAGGGAGCAUUCACAUGGUUUGCUUCUUGUCCAUUCAGACGGGUGAAGGUUACAGACAUGUUUUAAUCUGUUUAUCCUAUUAUGUAGAAUAGCUCUUAUGUAGAUAGAGGUUGUUGGUAUAAUAAUAAUAUUAAAGGAUACUUAUUAUUUUUCCAUUUAAAAUGCAUUGAUUCACUUUGACCUAGAUCAUCACCAAUGUAAGUAUAAUUCAAGAUGAUAAGAGGGUUAUAAAUUACAUGAAAAAACUUGAAAAGAUAGAAAGGGUGUGUGUAGGUGAUACCAUUGCCUCUCUGGAACAUUGAUUGUUCUUAUGUACCAUAAAAGAAACUCCUGAUUUAUAAUCAGUGAUAAUCAAAAACGGACUAAUCGCACUCCA